CAAUUUCUCUCCUUUGUUACAUAUAUAUGAACACUUCUUCCUUUGAGUCCAAACACUUUUACUUCUAGGUGUCUUGUAGAUUUGAGAGAGAGUCAAUUUUACUAAGAAGACAACAAGAAGAAAAACUUCUUAAGAUUUGUUGUUUUGUAAAAGAAAAGGAAGAUGUCUGAAGAACAAGCAAUUUCAAAUCCCUUCAUUUGCAGCAUCCCAUCACUUGGAUCAAACAACAACCCUUCUGUUGUCAAGAAGAAGAGAAAUCUCCCUGGAAAUCCAGAUCCUGAUGCGGAAGUUGUGUCGUUGUCGCCAAAAACGCUAAUGGCAACGAACCGAUUCUUGUGUGAGAUAUGUGGAAAGGGUUUUCAAAGGGAUCAAAACCUACAACUGCAUAGGAGAGGACACAAUCUUCCAUGGAAGCUGAAACAAAGAAGCAAUGGAAAUAAAGAGCCAAGGAAGAGAGUUUAUGUUUGUCCAGAGAAGAGCUGUGUACAUCACCAUCCUUCAAGGGCUCUUGGAGAUCUCACAGGAAUUAAAAAGCACUUUUGCAGGAAGCAUGGGGAGAAGAAGUGGAAGUGUGAGAAAUGCUCUAAGAAAUAUGCUGUGCAGUCAGAUUGGAAAGCACACUCCAAAACUUGUGGCACCAAAGAGUAUAAAUGUGACUGCGGGACUCCAUUUUCAAGGAGAGAUAGCUAUGUAACUCACAGAGCAUACUGUGUAGCAUUAGCAGAAGAAACAGCAAGAUUAAAUGCAGCAUCAACCAUUGCCAACAACAGCAACAAUUCAAUGGCUGAUAAUUUCAACAACUACCAUUUCCUAAAGCCCACAAACAACAACAAUAAUCCUCUACAAUUCUUCCCUUCCUCCAACUUUUUCAAACCAGAUGAUCAAACUUCCCACAUGUUUUUCAAUAACAUCAACAAUGUCACUCCCACAAUAGGACUCCCCUUUUGGAUGGCUACAAAUCCUCACCAAAUCAAUUUCCCUCACCCAUUACUUCAUCAACAAACAACAACAACAACAAAUUCUGAUGUUCUUUCUGUUCCUUCCUUAUACAGCAAUGAAGAACAACAAUUUAUGGGUUCAUCAGCCAACAUGUCAGCUACUGUGUUGCUGCAAAAGGCUGCACAAAUUGGAGUGACAACCUCCACAACAGACCCAUCAUUGAUUGAAAGUUUUGGGUUGAAAUUCAGUACAGUAACUGAUGGGAAAGGCUUUUUUUCAGGGAUUUAUGGCUCAAUAAUGAACUCAAACUCCAACAUUAUUCCUAGUUGUUGUAGCCUUGAAAAUUGUGGAGAUCAUGAGGGCUCUGAAAUAUACCCUCCACCAGCAAAGAGAAUGAGACACACAGUUAGUGAAGAGAGUGUUACUGGUGGAGAAGGAGAGACAAGGGAUUUCUUGGGUGUGGGAAUGCACACCAUAUGCCAUCCAUCACCAGUAAAUGGAUGGAUCUGAUUUCAUUUGAUAAGAUCCAUGCAUAUUCAGUUGAGGAAAAGCAGAAAGCUGAUAGCUUUUUAAAGGAGCAGAGGAGAGCAGAGCAGUGGGGGCAAAUGAGUCAAGUAAAUUAAGGACCCCUUUUGGAAUCAAUCCAUUUUAUGUUAUUUGUGUAUUUUUCUUUCAUUUUUGGUUCCUCUUUUUCUUGUGGUAUCAAAUGGGUAUUGGGAAAAAAAAAGAAGAAGAAAAAGGGGAUAUUUUUAUUUUAUAUUGAGUGAAAAGGGCAUGGAUUCUUUUCAGUAUA